GUACCGACUGGGCAUCGAUUGGAAUCGGUUCCAACUGCUAGUUUUUCAUUUCGGUUCCUAGUGCCGACGGAAGAGGAAUCCGCGGCCGAUCUCCGUGAAGAAUAAACGCGAUCUGCAAAUUGUGAUCAACGCUUUUCAGAGCUGAUCAUCACACCAGCUGUCUGUGUGCAGCACCGAGCCCCCCUCCCCCACCCAGACGUAAACAAACGCGUCUGCCGAACUUUUACUCCGUGAUGUAAACAUGAACUCCUGCAGCGUAGAGGAAACUUAUUAAAAUACGUCAACACGGUGGAUUUAAUAGAAGCUUUAAAGAACAAACUCUGGACGGUGUGAGAUCCGGUGGUUCCAUCAGUAAUCUGACAGCAGCGUUCUCCACAGGAAGAGCACCAUGUGGGUUCCUGCUGUCCUGAUCUUUGGGCUCCUUCUUCCUGAACGAUUUGCAUCCAUCUAUGAAGCAGAGGAAAACGACAACAUCACCAUCAGCGUCGUCUCUGACCGCAACAUGAUCUGCUUGCUCCUCUCAGACCCUAGAAGGGUUUUCUACCGGGUGACAAAUGGUGUCCAGGCUCCAGAGUCUCCGCAUCAACAGUUUGCAGGACGGCUUCAUUUUGAGAGAGACGAAGGACGAGUCUCGUUUCACCUGUCCAGAGUCACAGCUGAAGACUCCGGAAGGUACCGGUGUUACCUGGCUGCCAAAUACAACGAGAACUUACACGACUGGGACUUUAACACUACAGAGAUAUUUACCCUCAGAAUAAGUCAGUCUUCACGUGGAGACAACACUGAUGUGUCCGCCAGCACACGGGCGCCACAACUCAAAGCAGAUGUAAAUCAUUGCAUCACAGGUUCAGGACAUCAGCAGCUUUCAUGCAAGAAUUCACUCAAACACGGCUGGAUUCUGGGCUUGGUGUUCCUGCUUCUGUGGAUGGUUUACCUCACAUACCUGCUGGUCAGGUGGUGUCAGCGAUACGUAGGCUCCACGAUUAAAUCCACAAUAAAGAAAAAAAUCAUUUCACGUCGCUGCUUUGAUCAGACUGAGCAUCCCAGUUCCCUCCAGCUGUGGUCUGAUGAAGAUGGAGGAUUUAGACCAUAAGCAACCACACUGAGUGUUACUUCAUGCGCGCGUGCACACACACACACACACACACACACACACACACACACACACACACACACACACACACACACACACACACACACACACACACACACACACACGUUUACUGUAACAAAACCAACAGACUGCAAAAUAUAAUUUCAGUGUUAAUCUAAUUCUAAUUUACUGUCAUAAAAAUCUGAUAAUUUCAUCGAUUCAGAUCAUUUUAAUUUUAGAUGUUUCAAUCUAAGUUUGAGUGUAAAAUGUUCCAUUUUACGGUAUUUUAAAUAAAACAUUUCAGAGAUGAA